AAUGUCCAACCAACCAACAAACAAACAAAACAUGGGAUGAAAACAGAUCACACUGUCACUGCAUUCCUAAAUUAAUAUCCAAAUUAAACAAUCCAAAUGCUCUGAAAGAUAGAAAGAGAGGAGCAGAGAGAAGCGAACCCACAAAGCAUCCGCAGAAAACACCAAAAAAAGAGAGAGAUCCACCUCGAAACCCUCUCCCCCCAGCACCACCCUCUCUCUGCGCCUCCUUUCUGCCCCCAAAUCUUCUUCCGUUUAUUCCUUUUCUCGUCUGAUAGCAAUAAAUCGGUACACUUUGGAUCUCCAUAGCUGCAAUAAGAAGAGGAGGGAUGAGGGAAGAGGAGGAGCCGAACUGGUUCGCACGGUGGGAGGAGCAGCUCCCGAGCCCGGAGGAGCUGACGCCGCUCUCUCAGACUCUCAUCACACCCGACCUCGCUCUCGCCUUCGACAUCCCCAUCGCCCCCUCCAACUCCAACCCUAAUCCUUCCCUCCACCACCUCCACUCGGCUCCGACCCUCCCACCGCCCCCAUCCGCACCCUCCUCCCAAACCCCGCCCGACUUCGACUCCCCCGACCACCUCUCCGCCGCCGCCUCCGGCGGCGGAGGCGACGAGCCGGCUCGUACCCUGAAGCGACCGCGGCUGGUGUGGACGCCGCAGCUCCACAAGCGGUUCGUGGACGCGGUGGCCCACCUGGGGAUCAAGAACGCGGUCCCCAAGACCAUAAUGCAGCUGAUGAGCGUCGACGGCCUCACCCGCGAGAACGUCGCUAGCCACCUCCAGAAGUACCGGCUCUACCUCAAGCGCAUGCAGGGCCUCAGCUCCUCCGCUGGCGGCGCGGCCGGAGGCGCAGCCGGCGCAGGAGCAGGCGGCCCCAUCUCCGCCGCCGAUGCCGCCACCGACCAGCUUUUCGCUAGCGGCCCUGUUCCUCAUCAUUUCCUCGGCCGCGGGCCCGGGCCGGAACCCUUCAUGCCGUUCGUGCCUGUCGCUGCGCUGCAGCAUCACCAGCAGAUCACGGCCGCCGUGCAGCAGCAGCAUCAGCAGCAGUACUAUCAGCAGAGGCAUAUGGGCCAUUUCGGAUCGCCGACCGGCAGCACUGGGGGUUAUGAUCAUGGCUUUCUAGGACGGACUGUGCCGCAGCCAGGGAUGCAUCGUAUGGUGGGGCCGGCGGCGGUUGGCUUGGUACCACCUCCGCCACCACCUGCACCAUCGGCAGCCUCGUAUGUGGAGGAUUUGGAAUCGGGCAGCAGAGGAGGACGUGGUGGGAGGAGGGUCCUAACGCUUUUUCCGACAGGCGAAGAUUGAUUUCGGUAUUUCAUUUCCCCAUCUUUAUUCAAAUUAAGAUUACAGAAUAGUAUGACAGAUUUUUGGAGGGUCAUCAUCACGUCGUCAUCAUAAUCAUCAAUGUUGUUGUUGGUUAUCAUCAUCAUUGUUGUUGUUGUGAUUAAUCGAGCUUGGUGCAGAGGCAAUUAGGAGGGAAAUGACAGUAUGUUGUAGAUUCUGCGCAUAUUUAGAUAAAAUUAGGUAAUGGAAGUUUGAACUAGGUUGCCCACUCCUACUGCUUGUUCUCCAUUGCAGUUGAGGGAAUUCUUUUUCAUUUGAAUAUCUGGGUUCUCAAUUCUGGGUGCUUUCGCUUGUUUAUGCAGUAACGCAAACUGGGUUUUGGUUGAGUAGAAUUGAAUAGAUUCUCUAACUUUUGGACGAGUUGCAGUAGGAGCUGCUGUGAUAUAUUGGGCACAGUGUAAUGCAACUAGUGGGAGUUCAGGGGGAUUAGUUAUCUAUUGAUGCUUUUUUCAGCAUGUGCAUUUGGUUGUUCCUUGAUUCUUAGUCCUCUGCUUAUGUCAAAAGGAGAUCAUUCCGCGAGAGGCUGUAGGAUUACAUGCUACUCUCCACCUUUGUUUUUCUCUCUUUUCUUGUCUUAACAUAGGCAUGUAUGGCUUUUAUCAUUUCCUGUAUUUUGUUUAGAAUAGCUACUUAAGAUAGGGUGUUUCCUUGUGGUAGUUAUCAUUGUAAAAUUGCAUCAUCUGAAAGUUCUGUUGUAUGUAGACAAACACAAUGUUAAGGGCCUCUGAGAACAUUACAAUCAUUGUCAGAAUGUUAAUGUAAAUCAUUGCUUUCUAGAA